AUGACUUCCGGUACUGUAUUAUUCCAAGAAAAAUCAGGAAUUCAACAAGUGCAGUCAGUUUAUUCUUCCAUGAUACACGUCAAAUGUCCCAUGACAGUUUUGAGUGAAUCUACUUUAUCAAAUAAAAAAUGUGAAUCUGCAGUAAAUGAAGCCGUAUCUCUUUGUAAACAAUGUACUCUCUUGAUGAAAGCUAAGAAUGCAAGGGCCAAACCCAUCAACCUGGGAUCAUCCGCUAAGACGAGAAUGGAAACCAUAAAGAUGUACGGAACAGUACCUUCGUUCAAAAAGUAUCUGACAAUAGGAAUUCCAACCGUUUCGCGCAAAAAAGAAAACUAUUUACACCAGACGUUACAAUCGGUGAUUGACAGUAUGGAUGAUGCUGAAAAACGAAAUGUUACCAUUCUUGUUCUCUAUGUUGAUACAGAUGGCGAUGUCAGAAAAAAAAGGGCAAAGGAAACUGCUUACAAGUUUGCCAGCAGUAUUAAAUCUGGCUUGUUGUUACUGUAUCAAAUUUUACCUGAAUUUUAUCCCGAAGAAAAUGCAACUAGAAGAACAUUCAAUGAUUCCGUGGAGAGAAUAAAAUGGCGAUCAAAACAGGUUUUGGAUUUCGCUGUUUUGCUAAUGUAUUCUCAGAAUAUUUCUGAAUACUUUCUAAUUCUUGAAGACGACGUAGUAACCACGCCCCAUUUUGUGAUGUCCAUUAAGAAGUUUGUUCAAGAAAAAGGGGAUUCUGAUUGGGUGUCUUUGACCUUUUCUAGUUUUUUCAUCAUCGGGAGACUGUUCAAGAACCAGGACUUGAAUAAACUUAGGGAAUUCUUAAUUUUGUUUCAUUUAGAAAAGCCUGUAGAUCUUUUGAUCAUGCAGUUUUUAGAUCUUUUAGUACCUAGCAAAACUAUCGUAACUCGGCGAAUACCAGGACUCUUCCAGCAUAUUGGUUUGUUUUCAUCCCUCGAAGGCAAAGUGCAAAAAGCCAAAGAUAGAAGUUUCACAGGUGCGUCCAGAGUUUAUCAUUUCAAUAAUCCACCUGCUGACAUCGUUACCACUUUAGGAGUCUAUAGAAAGCACUAUCCGGAAUUAUGUUACUACGAUUCCAAUAAGUAUUUUUGGGGAAGUGCCCCCAAAAGAAACGAUACGUUUGAUGUAAUUUUAAGAGAACCUGUAAAAGUAAAAAGGAUUUUUAUCAGUUCUGGUUUGGCAACACAUAAAGAUGAUAUUAUCAAAUAUGCUGAAUUAAGAGUGGCUCCAGUUUUUGAUAAGAUGAUAACUGAUAAAAAGGCAUCUUGUUCGAAUUUUUAUACAGUUGCCUAUUUCGAAAAGGGAAAGGUUGAUAUUUCGUCCAAUGGAACAUUUAAGUCAGAGAUUCAGUCCCUGCAGGCGGCUAUUGAGGAAGAUAAUAGUCUGACGUGUGGAAAACAGUGCAAUGUUUCUGAUGAAGCAAUGAGAAUUCAUCUGCACCGCUUAGGUAAGACGUACAAGCCGAGCAAGUGGGUUCCGCACAUGCUGUUGGAAAUCGACAAAAAAAACAAGUGGAGCCUAGUUACUUCUGAAGCAAAUAUGGGAGUAGAUAAUGCUGAUAACAUUGAUACAACUCCAGUGUACACAGUUUCACAAAUUUGUGUUGAAGAAAAUGCAUCGCUGGGAUCGAGUAAAAUCCAUGUCAGAUCUGUCAGCAAUUGUAAGAAGAGUAUUACAGUGCAAAUAAAAACUGGCCCUAAAGCUACAUCAUUUAUAUCAGCAAUACAUUUGACAAUAUGA